AUGACGCUUGGACAGCGGGGUAUAGCAAUGAUCGGCCCCCUAUGCCAUAUCAUUCCAUAUGUGAUUAUGGCCAUUCAUCCACCCUGGCCAGCCAUGCUAGCUGUCUACGUAAUUGUUGGCUUGGGCAAUGGUCUCAUCGACGCGGCAUGGAAUUCCUGGAUCGCUGAUAUGGCCAACGCGAAUGCUAUGAUGGGGGUCCUUCAAGCAUUUUAUGGUCUCGGGGCAACUAUAAGUCCACUGGUUGGGACUCAGAUGAUCAAGUCCGGUCUUCGCUGGAACUAUUUCUACUACACACUACUUGGUGCAUCCGUUCUAGACCUAAUGGUGAGCUCUGCUCUGUUCUGGAAGGAGAAUGCGGCUAGCUACAGAGCCAAGAACCACAGAGGUACCGAUAGUGGCGGUGGAAGCAGAACUACAGAGGCUAUGAAGAGUCCUAUUACCUGGCUGAUAGCUGUCUGGCUAUUUGUGUACAUGGGAGUUGAAGUGUCGGUGGGUGGCUGGGUCGUGGACUUUAUGGUCCAGGUCCGUCAUGGCGAGCCCUACGAAUCGGGUCUGAUUCCAACCGGCUUUUGGGCUGGUGUCACUGUGGGCCGUCUUGUCCUCGGUUUUGUCAACGACUGGUUGGGAGAGCGAAUUGCUAUCAGCAUUUAUCUAGUCAUUUCGAUUGCCCUAGAACUUAUCUUCUGGCUCGUACCGCAGUUCAUCGUGUCCGCAGUGGCUGUAUCGCUGCUCGGCUUCUUUACUGGCCCUCUCUUUCCCGCAGCCAUUGUGGUGGCGGCUAAGCUGCUCCCUAAGCACUUACAUACCCCUGGAAUCGGACUUGCGUCGGCGUUGGCUGGCGGGGGCGGAGCAAUACUACCCUUUGUCGCCGGUGCUAUAUCCGGUGCGCGCGGAGUACAGAGUUUGCAGCCAUUCGUCCUCGCAUUAUUGAUUGCAUUGAUCGCUAUAUGGGUGCUGCUCCCACGGAGGAAGCAUCAUGCUUACGGUGUUUGA